AUGCAUACCCUGUUUACUCACUCUGGGUGCCGGGAUCUGCCAGGGACCAGAGAGGAUGAUGAUGAUGAUGGUGAUGAUUAUGAGAACAUGGCACCAUCCUACAAGGACCUUCCUCCCAAGCCAGGUCCAGUGGCUCCACCAAGGCUUCCAAGGGCAGGAAAAAAAACAGGAACUCCUCCACUUCCCAGAAAGCCCCUGAAGAUAACAGGCACGGACCUCACCUCUGUCACCUGCACAUCUCAACUGGGCAUUGCUCUGGAGCUUCCUCCAUUCCAGCCAUCCCAAGCCAGCUCAGGGGUCCUUUCCUCAUUCUCUCAAGCACCAGCAUUGGUCUCUGUGUCUCCAUCCCCCCCACAAGCAACUCCAGUGCCCUGGCUCAGUCAGAAAUCUGGGGUUCCUGGGUGCUACCAGGAGGAAAAACGUCUGGUUCUCCUGUGUCUGCUGCUGCUGGUGGCAUCAUUGUUCCUGGGAUGUACUGGUCUGCUUGUAACCCUGAUUAAGUACCGGAAAGUGAUGGAAGAACUGAAGCUGUUAACCUUUCAGCAGAUGGCAUGGCAAGCAAAUGUGACUGGCAUGGCGGGGCUUGCUGGACUGAGGAAGGACAUUGACCAAGUAAGAGCUGACACCAACCAGUCCCUGGUGGAACUUCGGGGCUUAUUAGACUGUACCAGGGUCACCUGCCCUGAGGGCUGGCUCCCUUUUGAGGGCAAGUGUUACUACUUCUCCACAAACACCAAGUCAUGGGAUGAAGCCCGGAAGUUCUGCCAAGAGAAUUACUCUCACUUGGUUAUCAUCAGUAGCAUUGCUGAGCAGAACUUUGUGUCCAAGGCUCACCGCUCUCCUCGGGUGCACUGGCUGGGGCUGAGUGACAGGGAGCACGAAGGGAAGUGGAAGUGGCUGGAUGGGUCACCUGUCACUUUGAGCUUCUGGGAACCAGAGGAACCUAACAACGUUAAUGAUGAGGACUGUGUCAGCAUGAACAAAGGUGGCACCUGGAAUGACCUGUCUUGCAACAAAGCUACUUAUUGGAUUUGUGAGAGGAAAUGUUCCUGUUGA